GGCACUUUCACUGCGUGCCGAACUACUGCCGCUUCUAAAUUCGGAACCGUCGUUAUGUCGCAAAUGUUCCCGCACGGAAACCUGUAUCAAGUGCACGAACUACAGAAGAUCGAAAGGAAGAUAAACAAAAAGCCCAGUGACAGUCAGUAUGGCAGAGACGCAUAGUUUGCAUCCCAUUAGGCAACAGGCUGCAAUUGCUGCCAAAGUCUUCAUACAGAGGGAUUAUGCUAAUGGUACUGUGUGCCAAUUUCAAACCAAGUUCCCUUCUGAGCUGGAGACCAGGAUGGACAAACAGCAGUUUGAGGAGACGGUGCGGACUCUAAAUAACCUAUAUGCUGAAGCAGAGAAACUUGGAAGCCACUCAUAUAUUGAAGGUUGUCUUGCCUGCCUCACAGCUUAUACGGUGUUCUUGUGUAUGGAGACACACUAUGAGAAGGUUUUAAAAAAGAUUGCAAAGUAUGUGCAAGAGCAGAAUGACAAGAUCUACGUACCCAGAGGCCUCUUGCUCACCGACCCCAUCGAGAGAGGCCUUCGAGUCAUUGAGGUCACUAUCUUUGAAGAAAGAAGCCUGGCUAGAUAGAAGUUUCCAAGGAGCUGCUUGUUUGGGCAGAGCCUCUGUAUCAGAGUGAGCAGCAACCACACCCUCCUGAAAGGAUCUCCCACAACUGUACUCCACCGCAUCUCAACAAUCUAUUCUAUCGAUCACAUGCUGCCCUCAAAGUCUAAAUCCGGUAUUCUAGUGAUUAUUUUCUCUCGUUUAGCAGUCAACGCCACUCAACAGCCUCGCUCGCUAACUCCGUCACACUACUACAGCGUUUCCCAAUUUGCGCAAAAUCUCUUCAAGCCUUUUAGCUUUUGUUUGGUUUUGACAAGAAUUGUGCAAUUAUGAAUCCUAUGUGAAGAAUGAAGCCAAAACCAAAACACAACGGGACUUCUUUUUUUCCAUGACUCAGGAAGUCUGCUAUCCAUUUUGUUUUGUUGAACAUUUUUAUUUUUACUUUUUUGUAAUCUCUCCAAGGAUAACUGACAUGCUGAUUGUUGUCAGACUCAGACAUUCCAAUCACACUGCCAUAGUUUCUGAUCUUAAUGUUUUCUUUUUCAGCCUUGAUUUAAGUUGUAGCUCUCCGAACAUGCAGUGUCUGUGCUCUGUUCUUUUGUGUGCAUGAAAUGCUAAAGCUCUUAUCUUUUGGAUACUGUGCCUUGCAAAGCAUUUUGUUAGUACCAGUGUUUAACAAGCAUCAUUUGUUUAUUGUUAGAUUUACUUUGUCUGAAAUGUAAUGUAAAAAGUGUUUGAUUAUAGUGCCUGAUUAUUAUUAUUAUUAUUAUACGAUAGGUCAAGGUGAGCCCUAAUUGAAACCCAAAUAAUUAUUAUUUUUGGGGUGUGUGUGCCCCCCCCCCGCCAACCAGCUUAUCAAUGAUCUCGACUUUGUUUCUUUGUCCAAGCUGCACCAAAAAGCCAAGCGUUGAGGUGAAUAGACGUACAGUGCGAAACACAUUAGAUCACCUUCCAAUGUAAGGUUGGUGUCACCGCUACCAUAAAUUAACAACACUGAUAAUGCCAAUAUUAUGGAUAUUAUAUUAUUUGGUACGUAGAGCUCUUUAACCGAAGUGAUGUUUUCAAUGCUAAAAUGUGUAAUGUGUAUAUGUAAUACUGUUAAGAUUGUAGUUAUUUAUUUGCAUUCCGAACAGGGGGAGGGGGGUAGGGGGAAUAAUUUAAAGGGUUGAAUAUCAUGCUCGACUGAUUCAGAAGCUUAAUGAGCCAGCGGCUCAAAUGUGGGUAUAGAAAGCUCCAUUCAAUUUAAAAUUCUUGUUCAAAAAAGUAAAAGUGCAAGAGCGAUUUGUUGAACACACUAAUCUGAAUGUUUCACUACAUCCAUUUAUUGAUAUUUUUCAAAUACUUUUUGAACCCUCUUUAAUAUAAAAUAAAAAAUAGGCAACUCGAAGUUUCGAUUUUGUUUUACCUCAUUUAACGGAGGUUUUGCUAAGAAGCUGUGUGUCUUAUUGUCAUUUUCCCAAAUUGAAGGUUACAAAAAAUAGUAUGUAUACUUACUAUGUUUCAGAUUUUUGUCUUGUAUUUUGUUGAUGAAAUAUGUCUUGCAAAAGUAGUAGAUGUGACAAGACUCAGUUUCUGGUGCUUUUGGGAAAUGAGAGUUGGUCAACAGGCUUUCACUUGUAUUGCGCUUUUUCUACUUUCAAUGUACUCAAAGCACUUUCACACCGUCUCCUCAUUCACCAACUGAUGAUGCAGCAUCAGGAACAACUGUGGGUUCAGUAUCUUGCUCAAGUAUAAUUGGACAUGGUCACAGGGCCUGAGGAUCGAACCAACUGCGACUCUACCACCUGUAUCAAGGCUUGUUUUCUUUCAAAGAAGAAAGACUAUCUUCAAAAUCAGCAUACUGGUACUGUACUGUAUGCAUAUUGAUCAGACUAGGGGGAAUAUUUGUGACCAGUAGCGUUGUCUGAAACAGAAGGAUUCGGCAUCAUUCUCCGACUUCUGAUUGACUUUGAUUAUGGCCAUGUGUUAAAACAGAACAAUGUCAUAACACUUAUAGCAAGGCUGGCCAAACCUGGUGAGCACAUGAGUUGGCCGAGGGCCUCUUCUGAAAAUAGCUCACCAGUGAGGUGUCUUUUUGUGUUGCUAUUUAAAUAAAUACAAAUAGCACCAUUUACCAAUGAGCUGCAGCUAACAAUUUUUUUGCAGCUUUUCCUUUUUUUUAAAAAAAUCUCACUUUCAUUGUUAUUAGUUUGAAAAGCAAACUGUAUUAAAAAAAAGGUGUAGUCAAAGGUCAGUAUUGUUGAGAAUGACCAAAGCAUAACAUACGUAGCUCUUAGUUUCUACAAGGUUGAUGACCCCUGUAUAAAUGUUGUAGUGUGUAAUUUGAUCGUUUCGUAAAAUACACAUUUCGCAGGAAUUCUAUCUGAAACUAUCCUGGUUGAAAGAACACAUCUGGGGGAAAAAACGAAUUGUUCAGCAGGUAGUUGUGUUAUGCAUGUAUUAUGUAUAUUAUGUCAAACUGUCAAUUGUGAUAAUUGGUUUGUAUUAGAGCAAUUUUGCUCCCGCUGUCCUUAUUUCCUUUUUCUGUUUGUCACGUCCCUUCUCAAACCCAAUCCAUUUAAUAUACUCACAGACCCGUAACCAAGCAACAGCCGCUGUAGUUUUGAGACCUCAUCUGUUUGGAUUUAUAUCACAUGGCUAAAUAUUGUGGGGUUCCAAAUUUGUGAUUAAAUGAUUAAGUGCUGUGUUGUUAUUAGUUGUGGAGAUGAUUUAAAAUCAUUGGCUGUGCCCUUUUGCUGUGAAUUGGUGGUACACAUGUUUUCAAGUCUCCCAAACAUUACCAUUACAAAAAAUAUCUUUUUUUUGUUGUUGUUGUUCUUUUAAACUGUGCUUUAAUAAAUGUAAUAGAAACAUG